AUGUGUGUUUUUGCUUGUUUUAGGUCGGUUCGUGUUCGGCAAGACUCUUCAAGUAACGUUGAAGUCUUAAGUGUCCCGGUGUCUCGUGACCAGGCUCUUUUGACUACCCCGAACUAUCUGUACCAGAGCACCGGAUCUUCUGCCCCAGUACUUUUGGACUACGAUCGCUUUGUGUCCAAUGUGGAAGAUAAAAUCAUGACAGACCAGGACUCGGCCCGCUCUCGGUACGAUGCAGCGUACCUUUUGUACAAGAGCAACCCAGCUAUGUUCGAAAAUAUUCCAGACUUCACAAAUCCUAGAAAUGUGUACUCACUGAUCAGCAAACGGCGCACCAAAUCGUAUGAUGAUGUAUCAACUGUGUCAAGGUCAGUUGAUUCCGUGACGUCAGGUUUUCCGCGAAUUUCUCGCACAACGAGCAUGCGCGAUUUACGGCGGGCUGCUGGGUUGCGCACUGUAUCGAGGAAGGGUCGUCAUCACAGCAGUCAGGACCUCAGUUCUCUGACUCUAAAGGAACGAAAAGACCCGAGUAUCACAGCGCUCUUCAUCAACGCCCCCUACCUCAAUCUGAAAGACCUUGAUCAUCUACCGGAAGCAGAUGUACCAAGAGCGACUCGAACAGUAUUUCCCGCCAUCUCAUCGAAGACCCAUGCUCUGAAAAAAGUUCCACCAUUCAAACUGUCAGAUGAUGACAAUAGUUUCUCUCUUCCACGUAUCCCAUCGGAUCUCGGGGAAACGUUGGCAUAUGGAACUAACGGAGAAGAGCGUGCUGACGUCAUCAAGAAGCGGAUUAUCCAUCAUGAUGGUAACUCAUCGGUGACAGUGGAAAAUAAACUUAACAAGUGGUUCUCAGAAAUGCCUGCUGACGUGAAAGAGAGAGCAGACAAUAUGGCCACUGAAGAAGAGACUCGACAAAGUGAAUGUGACUCUGUUCAGAAGAGAAUUUCUAGAAAAUCUCCAAAGGAGCGAGUGCACUUACCCGUGCUUAAACCAAUUAACACAAUACCCAACCAGUUCCUGGAACUCAGAGAAAAUGUGACUCGACCCAUCAGACGUGACGUCACAAUCGACAGAGAACAGUACAAACUAAAACAACGUUCCAUGCUGCAGCUGAAAAUGUUAGACAUGGACGAAAAUAUCCGCCCCGAGCGUCAAAGGACGCAUAAUGAAACCGAAGUGCAAGUGUACUCAUAUAAUGCCGAAAAAUUUCAUCCCCAAGAACAGAAAACUACACUAAAGGACCUCGUUAACGCCAAAAAACAAGAUGGCGACGGAAUUAAGAUUGUUAGUAUUGACGAGUUUGCAGUGGAGGCUUAUGAAAUUCACCCAAACGACAAGUUUAACUUUGCCAAACAAUCCAACGAUUUUCACCUUGGAACAUCUGCCUUAUCUCGAGCACGCACGUCCAUGGAUUUAUCGACGAGACAGCGCAACAGUCUUUAUAACACGCCCACCUUCAGUUUUUACCAAGAUGAACAGAUUGAGAAAAAGGCCAAACUCAGUGACCAACCGCUUAAUCGAGCUCUAACGGUGGUAAAGAUCGAAAAGCCAAGGGAAGGAACCAAGAGCGACCUUACUGGUCCAGAACACAGAGAACUGGCAUCCUCAGGGUCUCAUUCCUCGGUUAGCAUUAGGAAUGGCCGAAGCGCAAGGCCACCUACAAGAAGCACAAGUUUAGAACCAAUCAAAACAGAAGCUAAAAAGGAACUGUUGAAAUUUAAGAGACUAGACGUGUUUGGAGAUGGCGAUCCCCCAGUGUCGGCUCAUGUGGCUGUAGUAGAUAAACCACUUGUGAAGUUGGACCUGCGUCGUUCGCCCCCUCAGUGGCAUAGGUCCCCAGAAACCUUUUCUAAUCCUCCGCUCCCAUUGAUUCACCGCGAUAUAAAAACGGAACUUCCCGCUAUGACGUUUCAGUUUUCUACUGGCGAAGUUAUUAUCUCCAGAAACGCGGCAAAUGCUUUAAGUCCCCCACGUGAUCAUCAACGUCACAGUUUCUAUCCAAGUCGAGGCCCUCUUAAACAUUCAAGUUCCACCACACCAACUCUCCCGCGUUCUGAAUCGUCCUCGGUGCAGGUUGAGCGGACGAAUCAGCCUCCCGCAAGGUCAGUCUCAGAUGACGCUUCAACUGACUGUACCAUGACACCUGACUUUCGGAACAUCUCAGAGUUCAACCUAACGGGACGAGGAAGACCGCGGGGACGCCUAUGGGACUUUGAUGGCGACAUUCCUCACCCAGAAAGUCUGCUUGGAUCUAGGAAAAAUACAAUCGAGGAAAUUCCAGAGGAAACAAUGGAUCAGCUUUCGCCUGAUCCCCCGGUAUCUAAAACCCCGAAACAAAUGAAAGUACCCGACAUACAUGACAAUCCAUCAGCAAGCUCCCCUAAACAGAGUCCGAACACUACGCCAUCAGAUCAAAUUCCAUCUCCUGUCGAAGCAAAUGAACAAGCAAAAGAAGUGAAUACGUCUGAAGAGGUACACAAUUUACAGUCUGAAUCACCAUGCAAAAAUUUGGCGGAUCCAAGUAUUAAAAAUGAGGCACAACCGACGUCUUCUCCACCAGCAACACUGAAAGAAGACACUAAAGAAGAGAAAGGUGGAGAAAAGAAAGAAGUACAAGAGCUGGAGAAGGAAGAAAGAAGAGUGGAAGACGGGGUCAAGGAAGAGAAACAAGAAAAGACAGAGACACAUGAAGUGAGAGAUAAAAAUUCCAAAAGAGAUGUUGCGACGUCAGCGACGUCCUUAAUUGAGGCGAACGCUAAACGACAGACUGCCUCCAGCAAGAACACUGACCGUUCUACAGACUCCAUCACUGAGGUGUUUGGGAAAUAAAAUUACACAGUGCUGAAGACUGCCGUUAACCGUGACGAUUUAGAGAGUGUACUGCCGGCCUUGCUAUGCAAGUUGUAGUAUUUACCAUAU